AUGAUGCGGGAACCCAGGUCGAAGCAGGUCGCGAAGCGCGGGUUGUUCGAGUCGAUAAAGAAUUUGAGUAAUGCGGAGCUGACGUCUUCGGCUGUGAAAUUAGCCGAAAUCGCGAUCGAUUUGAACGACCAGGGCUUGGAUUGUUUGACUGUGCCCGAAGUGUGUAAGUGCAUGAUCAUUGCCGCCGAGCACUACGAAGAAGAAGCAGAGUUUCUCCUUGCGGAGAAGUUUUACGAAAAGAUCCUCGACUUGUACCCGAACUGGGCCUCCUGUAGAAACAAGAGCGGAGAUCUCAUCGAACCGAGUAUUUCGGCUGUUAAAGGAAGGUCUCCUGCGAUUUUCGACAAGUUUCACCGUUCGGUUUGCGAGAUUCGAGCGAAAAGUUUUCAUUCAAGAAUGGCAAGUUUCGCGGUGUCCGUGUUGUUGGUGCUGCUGGUGGUGCAUCCUGAUGCGUCAUCCGGCAGGUGUCACGUCCAAGAUGGCCGCCUUCAUUGCUCCGAGGCAUGCGACGCGGACGCGGUUCGCGCUUCCGAGUUCGACGGGAGAAUCGUUUUGACGGGUCACGUCCUGGACUUCGGGUGUCUGGACUUCUUCGGCAUUACGAAGGUUGAAUUGUUGGCUCCGACUCGCUGCGAGGGGGUUUUCCGUGCUUCGUUGGUCGAUCCGGUGGACUUCUGCAUGACUGGGCAGACUACGACGAAGUUACCAUCUUCUCCAUCACUUCCCACGCAGGCUCCGAGUUCGUCAACGAUGAUUCCUGUUACAUCGGCGGGGCCGGUGACGUCAGCGACGGUGGCUUCUUUUUCGACGGAGGCGCCAUCUGUCGUCACUUUCGGGGACACCGUGGUCACACAGGGCCCCUUUACAGCUUCGUCUGUUGGGGUCCGUAUGUCGACGACGUUCAUGACUGAAAUGACAAAACAUACUACGCCUGCUCCCAUGGAAGGGAAAGCGGUCUUGGGCGCGGAGUUCGCUACCGAGCUAUUUUCUAAUUGGGCCAUAGGGCUAAUUAGCGGUCUCGGCGUAACGGUCUUUGGGUUGGCGGCUGGAUGGAUUACCUGGUGUUUGAGGAAGAAGCCUUGGUUGCUGUCACUCCUGAGGAGAGCGGAAGAGGUUUGGAGAAUCCUCACGCCACCGAUGACUCCAGCGUCGUCACCUUCACCACCGCCAUUGUCGGCUGAAGGAGCUGCGGACUUGAUCUCUUUGGACUUCGCGCCAGCUGUUCCUGCGGUUGUUUCUCUUCCAACUCCCAUGCUGACCGAUCUUCAACCUGUUUUCGAAGAGGCUCAAGAAAUGGCAAGUUUCGCGGUGUCCGUGUUGUUGAUGCUGCUGGUGGUGCAUCCUGAUGCGUCAUCCGGCAGGUGUCACGUCCAAGAUGGCCGCCUUCAUUGCUCCGAGGCGUGCGACGCAGACGCGGUUCGCGCUUCCGAGUUCGACGGGAGAAUCGUCCUGACGGGUCACGUCCUGGACUUCGGAUGUCUGGAUUUCUUCGGCAUAACGAAAGUGGAACUGUUGGCUCCGACUCGUUGCGAGGGGGUUUUUCGUGCUGCGUUGGUCGAUCCAGUGGACUUCUGCAUGACUGGGCAGACUACGACGGAGUCACCAUCUUCUCCAUCACUUCCCACGCGGGCUACGAGUUCGUCAACGAUGAUUCCUGUUACGUCGGCGGGGCCGGUGACGUCAACGACGGUGGCUUCCUUUUCGACGGAGGCGCCAUCUGUCGUCACUUUCGGGGACACCGUGGUCACACAGGGCCCUUUUACAGCUUCGUCUAUUGGGGUCCGUAUGUCGACGACGUUCAUGACUGAAAUGACAAAACAGACUACGCCUGCUCCUACGACAAGCAAGCCUUCCGUCAUCAUUUCGGUGCUGAAAAACCUUCCGGAAACCCGAAUUCACUCUGGGGACCAUGCGAACGUCACGCUAACGGUAGUGGAAGGGAAAGCGGUCUUGGGCGCGGAGUUCGCUACCGAGCUAUUUUCUAAUUGGGCCAUAGGGCUAAUUAGCGGUCUCGGCGUAACGGUCUUUGGGUUGGCGGCUGGGUGGAUUACCUGGUGUUUGAGGAAGAAGCCUUGGUUGCUGUCAGUCCUGAGGAGAGCGGAGGAGGUGUGGAGAAUCCUCACGCCACCGAUGACUCCAGCAUCGUCACCUUCACCACCGCCAUUGUCGGCUGAGGGAGCUGCGGACUUGAUCUCUUUGGACUUCGCGCCAGCUGUUCCUGCGGUUGUUUCUCUUCCAACUCCCAUGCUGACCGAUCUUCAACCUGUUUUCGAAGAGGCUCAAGAGUCCGGCGUUAAUACAAGCUCAGAUGAUUUUGUUUCGGUGACCGAUGAUUUAGGCGUGUAA